UCCUAAUCACAACACACCAGUGCCAAAGCAGUGGAACAAAUUUUUUUUUUGCUAUGUUGCUGAUAUGGCCACCACGAUUAUUGCAACCAAUAACAACAAUCUAAUUAUGGCCUGAUCAUUAUUGGUUCGUUAUCACGAUUUUUGCAAUCGGUAGUCUUCGACAAUGAUAACUACAACCAAUGUUUGUCUUUCUAACGAAAACAAGCGUUUUACAAGGACAGAGUAAUGGAUUGAUGGACGGACAGACAGACAAUGGAAAAAGAAUCCCAACUAGACAUUAGAUUCAUUGGUCCAGCAUUGAUAAUGUUACCUGGUAAUGUGGAGAUUGAUCGAGUUAGCGGAUUGCUACUCAAUUACGAUCGUACGAUCGAUUGUGAUUGAGGUGUUGUGUAUUAACUUUUUAAGUAUCCAUAUGACAGGUAAACAACGAUAAUGAUGAGAGUAGUAUAUUGUGACGACGACUUUUUUAAUUGUUCAAAAUACAACUUUAGUGAGUUCCAUCAGAUUUGGGGCCAUAAACCUUGGCCGGAAAUCCUUUGGAAAUCCACCCUGAUGACUACGAUUACUUUGGUUGGCCUGGUAAGCAACAUAGCCGUUAUGGUUCUCGUGUUGAAACGACCACAAAUUCGACAGCGAUCACUCAAUCUGUUUAUCGUAAAUCUGGCAAUGGCUGACUUUCUAACAGUUCUGUUCAUUCCGGCCGUAUCGCUGAUUGAGAAUAUUUUCCAGAAUUAUGAACUUGGGCCGCUAAUGUGUAGCUUUGAAAUUCUGAUCAAAGUUACUUGCAUUCUGGCCAGCAACUUUUCCAUCAUGGCUAUCUCAUUCAAACGUUUCAUCACUAUCAGCUGUAUCACGAAUCCAAGUGAUCGUUCGAACCAUCGAUCGCUACUUCUCAUUGUAACCAUCUGGAUUGUAUCAACAUCGUUGGCCUAUCCUUUAGCUCAUAUGCGUGUUUAUCACGAACGUCAGUGGAAAGACUAUCAAGAAAAAUGGUGCAACGACGAACCGCUUCAUGCCUCAGUCAAUUAUUGGGUUUUUCUUAUGACUCCCUUGAUCUAUGUACCGUUGAUGAUUAUGAUAGUGGUAUAUUCGCUAAUGAUUUACCGCAUCAACCGAUUCAUCGACCAAUUGCUCCAACACCGAACAGAUCAUUCAACGAUGUUGGAUAGUUUUCGAACAAACUCCCUUGCCUUUGGCCUGAAUCAAUUUGGCAACGAACAACUGCUAUCCGACGAUGAGAACAAUAUGGAUAUCCACCACCAGACGCCUGAUGCGAAUGCCGUUGAUACGAUCCAGAAGAGCCGUCGCCAAUUUGUCGAACACAAAUUGACUGCCAACAAACAUAAGAAAGCCCUUAUCAAGACCAUGUUUGUUUACUGUUUGGUCACUCUGUUCUGUUGGCUGCCACUUCAGGUGCUUGUUUACUACCGGGCUUUCCGGCCUCCUAAAUCGCAAUUGCCCAGCUGGUAUGAUCCAAUCAAAUUCUUCAGCCAAAUCUUACUAACGGUCAACGCUGCCAUCAACCCGUUUAUUAUGUUCGGAAAGACCUUUCUUCACUACAUGAAUCGUUACCGUGUCCGUCGACGGCAACAACGAAUUAAAAAUCAAAUCGAAUUGAACCUGUUACGUAUCAAACCUUCAUUCAACGCUGGACCGGAUAAAAUUGUACAACGUGCACCAGAACAGGAAAUACAAAUUUCGGAUAAGAAUUUGCCGCAAACUACCACUGAGACUGAUUCAAAUCGGCUUAUCAGUCUUGAUCGAGCGCAGAUCAUGGAAACACUGAAACAUGGCCAGCAAGCUGGUACAUUGUUGGUCAUUCAGACAUCCACACAAACGGAAACAAUAACGCUAAGCAACGGAAACGAAGAACGACAUGAUCAGGCCAAUGAGCCAAAUGCAAGUACUCAUAUUAUCACUAAACAUAUGCUACAAAAGUAUAAGCCACAAAUUUUUGAACGUCGAAACGUAUAACCAGAAGAAGAAGAUAGCAUCCCUAAAAAUGAAUAUGAACAUGAACCAUCCAUCCACUCAUUUGUUAUCAUUUUUUAUCAUUGUAUUGAUUAUAUGAUUAUAGUCAUUGCUUUUUAUACUAUAAAAAGUCUAAUAAAGUUUAUUUUCUUCGAAAAAAA